UGUCUGAUGGGAUGCCGCAACGGGCGGGAGAUAGUCUUCAUUUCAAGGCGCCAGAUUCGGACGGCGCCGCUGUUUGAGGUGAAUUUGUAGGUAGUGUCGGUCGGGCACCGUCGUUAUCACCAUUAUGUCCCAGGCCGAGCCCGAGUCGUUGUCGCUGCUAACGCAAGUAGAAGGUUGGGAUUCAGAGCUGUGCCGCCGCCAGCUCUUCGCAGUCUUGCCUCGUCUUCUCUCUAUGUAUCAGACAUCUGACAACUGGACUCAGCAUAUUUGUGUCUUAAGGAUCCUAACAGAGAGAUUUCUACCCCAUAUCAAUGUUUCUGAGCUGGAGCAAGCAUUUUUCUCGAAAAUAUUACCAAAGACAGUACAGUUAUUUGAUCUUUUGAUAUAUGAAAUAUCCAAUCAAGCCACAAGAUUAACAAGCUGGAAUGUAGAGUUAUGUGAGACAUUAAGAAACCAUCUGCAGAGUCUGGUACAUGUGUUGGAAGCAUUAACAGGGUGUGUGCGACACAUAUGUACUACACAGGAUAUUGUGCCCUUAGAACAUGUCUACAGUCUUCCCUCUUGCGUUCUUCAUGUGGUUAAGAACACAUUUGUACACUGCAAGAAUAGUGAAUCAUUGUACAGUGAGUGCCUCCACUUGUUUUCUGAUUUACUCCAGUCUCUGUUUAAGGAGGCCUACACUUUGCAAAAGCAGUUUAUGGAGCUGCUUGAGAUGGUAUCUGUGAACUCCUGUGCAGCUGAAGACAGUAUAGCAGUUAUAGUAUCAGCAGUUCAUAUUUUGCUGGAGAUCUGUUCUGCUAUUUCCAGCAUAGACCAUGCCUUUCAUGCAAACACAUGGAAGUUCAUAAUCAGGCAAAGUCUCAAGCACAAAUCACUGAUAAAGAACAGCUUGAAACAUUCUGAUAUCUUCAAUGGCCUUUGUGAGGACAUCCUGUUUUCGUUUCAGUCUUGUUUGCAGCUGGCUGAGCAGAUGAAACAGUCUGGUAUGCAGGAGAGCAUUGAUUACAAGUUGUUCCAGAGGACGAUCAAACUGUGUAGAUUCUUUGCCAAUUCUCUGGUGCUCUACACCAAGGAGUUCACUCCUUUCCUGGGGGAUUCCUGCUCUCAACUGCAUCAGACAUAUCUUCAAAUAUACAGCAAGUUUCCUCCAAGCCUUUAUGCUCCAGAGAUUUGUGAGGCUCAUCAGGAUGAAAUAGCAAGGGGAUUCCUUGUGAUGCUGGAUUCUCUCCUCCCCCAACUGCUCUCUUUUAGGCCUUUCCUAGAAGUGGUGUUAAGUAAAACUUCAGAUCUCUCUCCUGAGCUGCAUUUUCCACAAUGUCGUCUUCUGCUUUCUAUAAUGGACAAGUUGCCGUCCCAGCCCCAGGAUGUGCAGGCUCUUUGGAAUACAGGAAGUCAGUUACCAGAAGAGAUACCCAGAGUGCCCUUGUUUGCAGCCCUCUUCCUCAGUCUUCAGCAGUGCUCUGGUGAGCUUUCCCUUCCUGUUUGUUUGCCAGCAGUGAUGGGGACAGAGCAAGCCAAAGAUCUUGUGACCUUUUACCACUACGUCUGCAUCCAUUUGAGUAUAUUUAUCACAUCCCUCUCUGUGUCACAUUUCCAUCUACUGGAAUGCUCCCUGCUGGAGACUAUACUUGGUCCUUACAUGAUCACUGCUGUCCUGGCUAUGGAUGCUUGGUGCUUCCUUGCCCGGUAUGGAACAGCAGACCUAUGUGCUCAUCAUGCAUUUAUAAUAGCACACUUGAUAAAAGCUUGUCCUUCAGGGUGUUUCCAAGACACUCUGCUGGGGGUCCUGUUAAGGCGCCUGGUCUUCUUGAUGAGUGCUGAUCACCAGGUCAGGUUUACCCAACAAUUUCCUCCCAAAGAAACAGAGAACUUGCUAUUGUGGCAGCAUCUUUCUCUUCAGGCCUUGAUACCUCAUCUUAGGCAGCAAGUUGCUCAUGAGCUUUUUGUGGCAGGAUUUACACAAUGUCAAGAGUGGCUGAACAGCAAAAGGUCGCUGGAGGAACUUCCACAGAUGAAUACUGCUCUCUCUGCCUUGUUAUCCUUGUGCCAAACUGCUGGCGAGACACUAGAGUUGGGACAGCGAACAGCACUUGUUGGAACUGUUGAUCAGUUCUUGAUAGUUUUACAUGCCACACAGGUCUCCAGUCUGCCUUGCCUUCAGCAAACCUUUUGCUUGAUGUUUCGACUCCUGCAGUUCUUCAUCCAAAUGUUAGAGCCUGAGUUGCUAAUUCAGAUAUUUACACUGCAAACUUCCCUCCUUCAACCUAAUCCCCCAGAUCAUGUUCUCAUUGCAACCUUAGAUUUUCUCUCUUCAGUGGGGAUACUUGUUAUUCCACCAGAUUUCCAGAUACAGGUUUUGUCCAAGCUGUCCUGCCUGUUUUCUUCUUUGCUGGCCAACAGUAACUGGCUGAUUCAUCAGCAUGCCAUAGAGGCAUUCACACAGUUUGCAGAGGGGACAAGUAAUGAAGUCAUACUUUCCCAGUGCCUUAAUUCUGAAGAAAUUAAAAGCAAAGUUGUUGGCUUCCUGUCAAAGACCCACCUUGGAGAGGAGACAAAAGAAGCAAAAGUAGAACGAAUGAAAAAGGCAAAUGCUCUUCUUAAAUGCCACUUGCUGGAGGUCACAGAAGACAGACGAAGGGGCCUAAGCUUGGAGCCUUCCCUGAAAAAAACUUGCUACUCAGCCACCGAUGAGGAGCAAUAUAAGUCAGCAGUCGAUGCUGUUGAAGGGAUACUGGAGAAUGUGAAAGUACUGCUACAAAAGAGCCCACCUCCAAAUUGGCUCACAAAGAAACUGGAAGCAUUACAGACAACACUGAACAGUUUGAAAAACAGCAUAUGUUGACAGCUUUAGUGCUCCCUUUUGAAUGACAUCCGUACUGUAGUGUUAACUGUAGUGCCACCUAAGACCCACAGCUGGAAGCCAAAGAAGCAAACUACAGCCCACCAGUGGUGAUUCUAGACUGAGCAUGUUGUAUAUUCAAUUUAUUUACAGGGACUUGAAAAGUGAAGAUAGUGAGCCAAGUUUAAAAUAUGUGAACACAGAUGUGUGAAUACAUGCAAUUUCUUUAGACUUUAGUCUGCCUUUUUUCCCUACCAGUAGCAUUACAAAUGUGUUCCUUCUGAAAACUGAACUGUCAGAAGGAACCGUUUUACUCACCAGAAAGGUGUUUCUCUGGGGGCACCAGGACACCGCCAAGUGGGUACUAUCUUUCUUUGCUAGUGCUUGAGGCACUAAAGAGUUAAAACUCCAAAGGACUGUCACCACAGCCCCUCCCACGGAGUGCUAGUUCGCUGUCUGGCCAAGCUUAAAACAUACAGUAAUCUUAUAACAGUAAUCUUAUAAUCACUGACAACAUUCAGUGAACCAUAUAUUAACAUGAAACUAAAAAUUUGCACACUGCUACGUCCCUUUAUAGACCCUUUAGUCUCCACCCAUUUUCUUUAUAAAUUUUAUUGCCCUUUUGCAUCCCAGGGUGGGCCUUGGCAGUGUCCUGGUGCCCCCAGAGAAACCUUUCUGGUGAGUAAAACAGUUCCUUCUCCAGUGGGCACCAGGACAACCCAAGGUGAUCCCAGUUCUAGAGCUGACCUAUUGUAUGGGUGGGUACAUAACUCUUCAAUGAUUUUUUAGCACCUGCUGGACAAAGGCUGCUUCUGAAGAUGCAUAAAUGUCUAUCUUAUAAUGUCUAGUGAAAGUAUUUGGGUAGUGGCUGCCCGACAAAUCUCUUGUAGAGGUGCAUUGAUUGAAUAUGCUGCAGUAGUAGCUGCUGCUCUUGUUGAAUAUGCACAAUACCUGGUGGCAGUUGCAUGUGCAGCGAACUAUAAGGCAAUACACCCCUUAAUCCAUCUUGCCAGAGUAGAAGAUGACACCUUUUUACCCAGAGUAGCUGGGUGAUAAGACACAAACAACGAAUCUGUCUGCCUUAUCGAUCUUGUCCUAUUCAUGUAAACCUUAAGUGCUCAUCGCACAUCUAAGGAAUGCCAAGCAUGCUCUAGAGCAUGUUGUGGUGAUGGGCAAAAUGUUGGCAACACUAACUCCUGCUGACAGUAAAAGGCUGUAUUUA